AUGAGCUCCAAGUUCCUGCUCGACAGCAUGCUGCCCAAGUACCACCACCAGCUGUACCAGCACCAGCAGCACCACCAGCACCUGCUGGCGCCGCCGGGCGCGUCCACGCUCUUCUCGCCGUCGCCCGACUACUCGGGCGCCGUCGCCAGCAACAACUCUCCCAGCUCCGGCGGCUCGUCGUCGCCGCCGCCGCCCCCGACGGCGUCGGCCGUGUCGUCCGCGGCGGCGGCCGCGGCGGGCCGCAUGUACCCGUACGUGAGCGCGGCCGCCGUGCACCACCAUCACCACCAGGCGUUCGCCGGGGGCGGCAUGGUGCCGCCCGGCGCCUUCACGUCGCCGUCGGCCGCGCUGGCGGCGGCGGCGGCCGUAGACGCGGUGGCGGCCGCCGCCGCCGAGAAGAGCUGCCGCUACACCGCCGGCUCCGGGGGCGGCACCGGCGACAACGGCGCCGGGGCCGUGGCGGCCGCCUCCAGCCCCUCGGGGGCGGUCGUGUCGGCGUCGGCCGCGGCGGCCACGGCGUCCGCCUCCAUGGCGGCGGCGGCGCAGUUCUACCACCAGGCGGCGGCGGCGGCUGCGGGGGCGGGCGCCGACCCGCUGGGCACGUCCUGCUCGCAGCCGGGGGCGGCGGCGGCGGCGGCCACGCAGCCCCUGCCGGACAUCCCGCGCUACCCCUGGAUGUCCAUAACUGACUUGCCCCCACCUGAUUGGAUGAGCCCAUUCGACCGCGUUGUCUGUGAACUUCCGGCCUCCAUCCGGUGA